CAACCCCCUUCUUUCUCUAGGCCCCCUCUCCCUCUGUCCACUUUCCUAAACUCAAAGUCUCAAAGAUUUCCAUUUGGGUUUCUAGACAUUACUUUAUUUUGUUACAAGGCAUGGAAAAAGCUCUGGAACUCGAAGAGAAGAAGCAAGGCCAAGCCAUGCAAACGUUGCAACAACAAGACUCUCAUCACUCUCAGGCUAAGCCUCCCAAACAAGGGCUAACAACAAUCACCACCCAUGUUGAGAGGCUCAAGUCUCCACCAGAAGACCAGGUCAAGCUAGCUGCCACUGCCAUCACCCUCAAUGUACGGUUGAGAUCAUCUGAUAUGCCAGCCCACAUGCAGAACCAUGCUCUCCGCCACACGAGAACGCUCCUUGACUCUGCAGCACCACCACCACCAGCCCCCAAAACUCGUCCAAACCCAACUCACCUAGCUCGGGCUCUCAAAAAGGAGUUUGACUCGGUGUAUGGACCGGCGUGGCACUGUGUUGUGGGAACGAGUUUUGGAUCGUUCGUGACUCACUCACCUGGUGGGUUUGUGUAUUUCUCUGUUGACGACUCGCUGUCGGUGCUUCUCUUCAAAACAGAGGUGCAGUUGGUCAAGGAAAAACCACAACCAGCACAAGCAGCAAAGCCUUAAUUAAAGUUGAAGCUUUCUUUGACCAUUUUUCAUCACAGAAAUGAGCAUGAGAAACCCUGCGCCUACCAUACAUGUCACCUGUUUGUUGUUGUUGGACUCUCAAAACUUAAGAUUAGAUUAGAUUUUCUUUUCUUUUCUUUCAAAACAAACAGCAUCAUCAUCAGAUGAUCUUUGAGCUGUAUAUACAGGUAGAUUAAUAGUAAAGAAAUGUGGUUUAAUUUUUA